CCCUGCGAAUUCGAUAUAGAAGUAACCGCGUAAUUGUCACUCCGACGCGUCUGCGCGUGAAAUUGAGAGAUCGAACGUCGAAAAUAACGAGAAUCCAGGCCGAGUUCCUGAAUCCGCGAUUACGUAACUUGCGCCCAAAGAUUCGAUCAUUUGAAUAUAGAUUUGAAUCAUAUUCACUGGGUCAUGAAUUUUUAAACCAUUCAAAUAUCGGACAAAACUUUCAGAAAAACUUUGAGGAAAAUUUUGAGCAAAGAAUUUGAAAUUAAUGAUUUGCUAACGAGUUUUUUGAUUCCCAAUCGUCAGCACCGAGUAAUCUUCACUUGACGCACAGUAGGUGUUAAUAUAUUCGAUAUUUUGCCGAAAUUCCAUGUAAAUCAUCGACGUGAUUCCAUCUAAGCCAUAUUCUGAUUGUGUACGGUGCUCAACCAAACCUACACAGUGUUAUUACCCCUGAAGUCUAUAGGUAUUAUUAUAUUUCAUAGUUAGUCGUCAUUACUGCGUUCAUUUUCAUUUGAAUUAGUUUCCAUUAUGCGGUGCGUCACGUGCGUACCGCCAACCAAUCACCUCCUGUGGUCAGACCGGAUAGACUAUGGCCAAUUAUUUGAACUGAGAAAUGGUAACCGACGAACGAUAAUCUAAUGGACUUUGGACAGUGUACCUCAUCAAGCUAACACCGGAAAUGGCAAGGUGGCAGUGGAGGCAGCGAACCUAGAGCAAAACUACAGCGGGACACUUGUUGUACUACUUCAAAUUUUGCAGUCUCUUUAUCCGUUGACCGAAGAUUGGCAAUCUUAACUUCAAUUAAGGAUCGGUGAUAUUCCGAUUUCCGCAAAAGUUUCGGACGUAUAAUCGGUAAUUUCACACGUAACAAAUACCAUGGUUGAAAUACUCAGAGAUCAGUGGUGUAUAGAUUUGGAGGACUUGUUGCAAUGUCCUAUCUGUUACGAGCGGCCUAAGGUUCCUGUUCUACAGUGCAAACGUGGACAUCACAUCUGCAAUGUUUGCAAAAAUCAAAUGGCAGAAUGUCCCCUGUGUAAAUCUGAAUUUUCAACUGCUAGAAACUACCUUGCCGAAGAAUUGUCUGUGAAACUUGAUGCCAUAAAGGUUUCAUUGCAGUAUCCAACACAUAACAUCAAUAAAAAAAGGCUACCAUCUGUCGGAUCACAAACUGAUGCAAGAGGGUCUGGUGUGGGUAGCACUACAGUGGAUGAUUCUAAGAGGGCCAAGCGACGGCCGCUUCCUCCAGCUCCAAAGGGAAAAUUCCCCUGUCGACUAGGAGCCUGUGAUGUGACAAUACCACAUGGUCGAAUGAUACCACAUAUUCGUUAUUAUCACAACAACAAAUUUUAUGAGUCAACUAUCCCUAGUGGAGACAUUCACACACAGAUAUGGGAAAUGGUUUAUGAAGAAGGUUGUGAUGUUGACUUGGCGAUUCGUGUCGUGGAUAUGGGAUUGUUUUUUAUGUACAUAAAAAUAGAUGAACACGGUGAUUUGUUUGGAGCUGUACAGAUCGUCAAUACUUGUCAAAUUGGCAAAGAGUUUGAAUAUGAACUCAAGGUUCAUGGCGGUCGAAGAAGCUACAGCUUCAAGGAUUAUGAUCAUAUUGAAGAAAAAUAUCAGUGUUCAAAAUCAGAUCAUUAUUUACGAAUUAUGAGCAGUUGUAUUCUACUCUCUUUGCAGGUACGUUCAUGUCGCACUAAUCCUUUACACUUGUUCGGUGCUUUGGACUGCUUAAUUAUCAGACGCGUUGAUAUGCACCGCUUGUUUACUGGCAAUGAUGAUACUUUCACAUGCACCAUGACUUUGAAUCGACUGUCGAGAAAUGUGGACGAACAAUGAAAGAUGGCCUUUUGCUAAAAGCACAUUCUAAUCCGAGAUCUUUAACUCUAGUAGCCUACGAGCAGAGCUGAGGCGUGAAUUAGUUAUUUUCUAGAACACACGCAUAUGAGUACGCACAUUCUUAAAGAAAAUGAAAUAUCAAUUCACACACCUCAAAGCUCUACAACCAGUCACAUGAGUUGCAAAUAUCCGUAUAAUAUCAAAAACUAGUUACCCUUAUUCUUGGAAAUGUUGCUUUGUUUCUUUUUGUUUUUAUUAUUAUCGCUUUAUUACUCAUUUUGAAAAGUUAUAAUUGUGUUCUCAUAUGGAAGUACGGUAUUAGUUGAUAUUAUGAUGAGGAUUUAUUGUAUGUCACCUUGAAUUUUUAAGUGGUAUCUAAGAAAUCCAGCGAUGUGGUUAUAAUAUAACAAAUACCCGUAUAAGGAUAUGAUUAUUAACGUACAUGUAAUAGACAUUUUUAUAUCGCAAGAUGAGAACAAAUAUGUAUUUUCUAUUUUUUCUAUUUUAUACAAUGUAAAAAUUUCCUAUUAUCUUAAUUUAAGAGGCAUUGAUAGAUGUUUAGAACCUGUGAUAAAGUUUCAGAAUUUGACUUAUUAAAAUAUCGAGUGCUUCGUUAAAACGUGGUUCGUUGCAAUAGAAACGGUUACUAAUGACCUAUAUGAUAUGUUAAUGAUACUUGAUUGAUAGAAGAAAACUUGUAAGUCAUACCAAAUAAAAAAAAAAGUGCCAUA